CCGGUGCCAGUAUCUAUAGAGCCACUCGUGCAUUUGCUCCAAUUUUUUUUUUCUCUCUCUUCAUUCUCGCGAUCGAAAUUCGCUGGUGCAUGUGCGUUUUCUAUUCUAUCUCCGUCACCCUUUUUCCUCCCUCCCCCACCUUCUUCUUCCUCCUCCCGUCCCCGACGGCGUGCUUCCUACUGCCGCCGUCGGCGACCUGCUCUUCCGCGGCAUAACUCCGCAUCCUGGCCGCCUCGUCCUACCCCCGGCGGCUCCUUCUCCCUGAUUCCCGCCGCCCGCCGUCCAUCACGCCUCCUUCAGCAGACACGCGGGCCUACUCUGCUGCACAACGCCGCCUCCAGGCGCCUCGCUCGUCCGUUCCUCUCCACCUCCCUCCGCCGGCGAAAGUUCGGGCUCGCUCCGCCGAGCUCCCUCCGCUGUUCCGGAUCUGCUGGAGCGCCAGCAACGCGGCCUCGCCAUCCCUCCGGAGUCCGGGGUUCUGCUCUCUCAUGCUGCAGUUUUACAACUUUGAAGGCUUCAAAAAUCCACAGAACUAGAUGAUACUUGCAUAAUGCAGCCCUCAGAUAUUUGGAAGGCGCAUGCUGGUUCAUCACAGUCAGAGGGUUCGGGUCUGGAUAUGGAGAGGAACGGAUGCAGUCAUAAUUGUUGUCCAUCUCCUCUCCAACCAAUUGCCUCAGCUGGUCAGCACUCUGAAAGCAGCGCUGCAUACUUUUCUUGGCCUACAUCUACUCUAAUGCACGGCUCAGCUGAAGGCCGUGCUAACUACUUCGGGAAUCUACAGAAGGGUGUACUACCAGGACAUCUUGGUCGCUUGCCAAAGGGCCAGCAAGCCACCACCUUACUUGAUUUAAUGAUUAUAAGAGCAUUCCACAGCAAGAUCCUCCGCCGGUUUAGUCUUGGUACAGCAAUAGGCUUUAGAAUCAGGAAAGGAACAUUGACUGACACACCUGCCAUCCUUGUGUUUGUUGCUCGAAAGGUUCACAGGAAGUGGCUCAGCCCUACUCAAUGUCUUCCAGCUGCCCUUGAGGGACCUGGGGGUGUGUGGUGUGAUGUUGAUGUUGUUGAAUUUUCUUAUUAUGGUGCACCAGCCCCAACACCAAAGGAACAGCUUUAUGAUGAGCUUGUUGAUGGAUUGCGUGGUAGCGACCCUAUUGUAGGCUCAGGUUCACAGGUGGCUAGUCUUGAGACCUAUGGGACUUUGGGUGCCAUUGUGAAGAGUCGAACUGGCAAUAAGCAAGUUGGGUUCCUUACAAACAGGCAUGUUGCGGUUGAUCUGGAUUAUCCCAACCAGAAGAUGUUCCAUCCGCUUCCUCCUAAUCUUGGACCUGGAGUUUACCUAGGUGCUGUUGAGAGAGCAACAUCAUUUAUAACAGAUGAUGUUUGGUAUGGGAUCUACGCAGGAACAAACCCAGAAACUUUUGUCCGAGCUGAUGGUGCAUUUAUACCGUUUGCUGAUGACUUUGACAUUACUAGUGUCAGCACCUCGGUUAAAGGAGUUGGAGUCAUUGGUGAUGUAAAGGCAAUUGAUUUGCAAUCCCCAAUUGGCAGUCUCAUCGGGAGACAAGUUGUCAAAGUUGGAAGAAGUUCUGGUCUGACGACAGGAACUGUUGUCGCAUAUGCACUUGAGUACAAUGAUGAGAAGGGAAUAUGCUUCUUCACUGACUUUCUUGUUGUUGGGGAGAACCAACAAACGUUUGAUCUUGAAGGGGACAGUGGAAGCCUCAUAAUCUUAACAGGACAAGAUGGUGAGAAGCCGCAGCCUAUAGGGAUUAUAUGGGGUGGUACAGCCAAUCGGGGAAGGUUGAAACUUAAAAGUGGUCAGGGUCCUGAGAACUGGACAAGUGGAGUUGAUCUUGGCCGCCUUCUUGAUCUCUUGGAGCUAGAUCUGAUCACAACAAGUGAAGGGCUACAAGCUGCCAUUGAUGAACAAAAGAAAACUCUAGCUGCCGCUGCCGCUGUGGCUACUAAUUCAACUGCCACAGAAUCGUCACCUGUUGGUGGCCCUCAAGAGAAUGAUAAAAUCGACAAGAUCUAUGAGCCUCUCGGCAUCAACAUCAUUCCUCGAGAUGGUUCUGCCAUAUCAACGGACCAACCCAACGAGAAUAUGGAAGAGCUAAACCUAAUGUCUCCUAUGCGCAACGGUGAAGAAAGCAAUGGUGAAUUGAAUAACUUGGCGAUGUCUCCUAUGCGCAACGGUGAAGAAGGCAAUGGUGACUUGAAUAACUUGGACUUGGAAUCGGAAAAUUCACCUGAUGGUAUUUCUAUUGCUCUGAACCUGGGAGAGCGGGAGCCAAAAAGGCUCCGCACUGAUUCGAUGCUGGACAUAGACUUGCAGAAAUGAGGCUUCUAUGCUGCAGACGUAUUCCACAUUAUUCAGCUUUUGUAUUGAUAGGUAUGGGCACAAAGGAAAUAAUCUCUUUCUGGACGACUGGACCUGUUGUCCUGCUUAGAACCGGUUUGGGUUAAGCUGUGAAGCUCCUGAAGCCGGUUGCUCCUGCAGUUUUGCGUCAAGCGUCUAGUGUCUAGUACUCUAGUGUAUGUAGUGUUGCGUAAGAUGUCGGCCCCUCAAUUAGACACAGGUGCCAUAUUCCUUGCCCAUGUAAUGUUGUCAUUUGUUGUAUGCUCAUGUUUAUGUACUACAUGAAGCAUUAUUGUAAAAUUGAGCUACAGCAACCAGAGCUCGAGAAUCUUAGGCGCAACCAACCAACCCCGUACCUGAUGAAUUGAUAAUAAAGCUGAAUAUUUUAGGUGUUUGGAAA